CAAACCUAACCUACCUGCUUUGAUUUAGACAAGUGGUUGUAUACUUUUUGUUUCUAAAAUAAAAGGAAUAUUAUUAACGCCGUCGCAAUAGUGAUUGCCAUAUGUCUAUUGCCUGUUAAAAAUUGGUUUCGAAAAAAAUGAGUGUUUUAUAUUAUUAGAAUAACAUUUUGCCUAUAAAUUAUAAGUUUGCAUUCAAAUUAUGGAGGAAAGCAUUGCUAUUUCAGCAAUGCCUUCUCCGGCAAUGUCUGCUGAAGGGGAAUCUACACAAAUCAUAGAGGAAGGCCCUCGAGUAUGCCCACUUUGUUCUUCUGAAAUAAGAUUUUUCUUCAUAAACUUCAAUGAAAAAAUGUUAAUGUGUGAGAAUCUUGAAUGUGAAUUUCCAUUUGGGUAUGAAGACUUACAGUUUUUACGUUUCGAAAAUGAAGAAGACAUGAGUGAUUUUGGUUCCGUAAGAACAAGAAGAACCCGCAUUUCAUCUGCAGCAACCCCUUCUGUGAUUUCUACAACUAGCUGGUCAGAUAUAGACAAAAUUAAUAGAGUUUACGAUUCAGAGGAGCUUGAACAGAGAUUACCUGAUAUUAAACCUCAGAAAGAAAAGAGGAAAAAUAAAAAAAACACAAAAAACACAAAAGACAGUGAAAUUUUAAUCCAGAAACAUGUUGAAGAUAUAAAAGGCUUGAACAUGGAACUAAUGGAGAUAUCAGCUGAGACUAAGAAAACAAUUAAGAAUGAGCGGUGGAUUAAAAACCUCAUGACUCUGCAAGCAAAUUCAGGUGUAAAGCUUUUGAAACCUGAGGAAUUAAAACAUAUGAAGAAGGAAAAUAAGGAUAUUAAAAUCAAUAUUGACACUGGCAAAAGUGUGUCAACAAUCAAAAUCCAAAUGGCUGAGACUGAUGUUUAGUAAAACAAACUGAGUUACCAUCAGUGUUUGUGUUCAAUUUACUUAAAAAAUUUAGUAACCUAAAUUAUGAUGAUGAAUGUAAUUUAAGAGCUGAUUGAUGUUUAGUUGCAGUUGCUUAGUGUUCUUUUUCCGAAAGACUUAUUUUAUCCUAACAUUUUAAUAGAAAUAGCAUUUGUUACUUUUUUUGUUUUUGCUGUCCUAUCUUAUACAUGUAGCUUACUUAUAAUACUUAUUAUUUAAAGUUUGAUUGAAAUGUGUUAAUAACAAAUUAUUUGUAGUCCUACUGUCAAACAAGGACCUUCUAUUUAUAGUUUAUUCCUCCUAUUGCAGGUGAACCAUACACAAAUUUUAUUUAAUGCAUAAAAUACAGUUGUCACUUGAACCUAAUUAAGCUCUAAUCUCUCUGUUUAACAUGAAAGGAAGUCCUUGCUGAGCAGUAAAACAUUUUCACAAAGGUAAAAAAUAGGAGAAUUUAAUUUGAUUUUAAUUUUGUACAUUUUUUUUCUAUAUAAACCAAUGUUAUAUAAAUGUUUUAAUGUAAUGAAAUGCAUUAUCUAAUAGGGAUGUGAUGUUCAUUUGCUUGAUAAUUAUUUUUAUGUAUUCAAAUGUUGUAAAAAAGUCAUAUAUAUACAUGAAUCGAAUAAGAAAUAACUGAAAAUGUUGGCUUUUUUACAACACAAUCAACCGACAAAUGUGUGUGUUGUUCAUUUUUUGUGUUUGAUUGGUAUAUUUUCGUUUUACUUUAAAUGCAAUAUUUGUGCAAAUGACACAAAUAUAAUACAACUAUAUAUUGCUGUGUUGAGACAAAUAAUCCAAAUACAGACAACAGACAUAACAUCUUAGUUCCCAUUGUGCGAUAUGUGGUAGGCAGAAGGGGCAGAUGGUCUUUUAACACCUGCUCUCCAAUUAUUAAUGAAUUAAGAAAAUAUAUUUUAUUUUCAUUUAUAUUAAUCGUGUAGCGACUUUUGCACAAAGAAGCCCAAUAUUUUUAUUUUUUCACUUAUUUAAAAUAUUACUUUUUUUUUGUUAUUUAUUUGUUAAAUUAGUCAAGAUGAAAGUAUUUUUUUAGGAAAGAAAACUUAGUUAUGCCUCGCAUGUUUGCAUGGCAAAGAUUUUUAGUUUAUU